GCGUAUAUCCCGUAUCCAACAGACUGGUGCUUCAGUGCGCUCCAGUAAUAGCCAGCUACCUGCGUAUACGACUGAGAAUCUCGAUAUCUCGAUAUCUCCCCCAAGUCUCCACAGCCAUCCGUGCCAUCAUCAUGGCGUCCGCCACAAGCUUCUAUGACUUCAGCCCUGCUGACAAAAAGGGCGAACCGUUCCCCCUCUCCAGUCUCAAAGGCAAGGUUGUCCUCGUCGUCAACACCGCUUCCAAGUGCGGCUUCACCCCGCAAUUCAAGGGCCUCGAGUCCCUCUACCACUCCAUCAACGACGCCCACCCAGACAAAUUCACCAUCCUCGGCUUCCCCUGCAACCAAUUUGCUUCCCAGGACCCAGGCUCCAACGACGAAAUCCAAACCUUCUGCGCCGUCAAUUACGGCGUCACCUUCCCUAUCCUUGCCAAAGUCGACGUGAAUGGCGACAAGACCGAGCCAUUGUGGAAGUGGCUGAAGUCCGAGAUGCCGGGCUUGAUGGGCAUGAAGCGCGUCAAGUGGAACUUUGAGAAGUUCUUGGUCAGUGCGGAUGGGAAGGUCGUGAAUCGCUGGUCCAGUGUGACGAAGCCGGAGUCGUUGAAGGCGGCCAUCGAGAAGGAGAUUGAGAAAUCCAAGGAGGUGGACAGCGCUCCCACGCCUGAUACCGCGGCGGAGGUUCCCACGGAGCCCCAGGCGCAGUCGUGAAUAUUGCCGCCUCUCUUGGUCGGUUUUGAAUGAAUGGGUGGAGAGGGGGGUUGAUGAUUAAUUGAUAAUGUGGGUGACGAGAUUGUGGCAUAGCAUACGGCGUUUGUCGUCCAUUAGUUGGCCUCCCCCCUUUCUUAUUUUCGUUGGUUUGUGUUUUUGUACUUUUUUGGGUUCUUGUUCUUGCUUCGGUUUAUAAUUAUCGAUAUAUAUACCUUAUUGCCCAGGUUGCGAUUAAUACUCUACUUUUCAGCUCAAACCCCAAGCUUACUUCAGCUCACGACCAGCUGGUUAUCAGGGAUUCUCCCCCUGUUGCUACACUUGUUUACUUUUUUCUGUUUACGCUUUUCAUUGGUUGGGAGAUGCACUUUUCCUUGUCUUCUUCCCUUUAAUAUUCUCCUUUUUGUUUCGUUUGCCCUUCUGCGUUUUUUGCGCUAUUCCUCUCUCUCUUGGCCCAUCCCCAGCUGUUUUGCAUGAUACCAAAAAGGUAAUAAAUAAAACAGAACCUUUGUAUAAUUAUCGAAACAAGACACACAAUUAUGACGUUUUAUUUUAAUUAGCCAUCGAAAUGCUAAUGGUAGUUUUAAAUUUUCAUGCGUC